AUGGAAAUCAAUGAAGAUUAUCUUGAUACCCCUAAGCAAUCAAACCGUAAAAAUCUAAAAUCUAAAUCAAGCGAUAUACAACAGACAGGUUCCUUGAAGCCAACUCUAAUAUUACCAGACACACUUACUCAACUAAAUAAGCCCACAACCUCAGUAGAUUUGAAACCUUCAAUAUCUGUUAACCCAUCAUCAACAAAAAAUACAACAUUCCAAAAUAACAAUAACUAUGCAUUUAAUUCUGAUACUUCUGAUAGAAUAACAAUACGAUCGUUUAACCCAUCUUUAUAUUCAAUUGCAAAUAGUAAUGUUGCAAAUACUUCUUUUAACGAUUUAGAGUUUGCACUUUUUAAUGGUAAUAAGCCAUCUAACAAUGCAAAUCUUAACAACAAUAAUGAUUAUUUAGAUAAUGAAAGUAUAAAUACCAUAUUAAUCGAAAGACUAAACCAAAGUAUGACCACUUCAAACAAUAUUAGCAAUAAUUACCAUAACCGUGUGGGUUUCAACUCUCAAGUUUAUCUCAAUUCUAAUCAAAAUUCUAAUACAAGUUCACGAAUCUGGAAAUCUCCUUAUGUAAGUAACGAAAUACCAAAUAUUUUUAAUAAUUCAAGUAACAUUUCUAACACAAGUAUUAGCAACGAAUCCGAUUUGAAAAAUUUUGAGAAAAACUUUUUUAUAUUAAGUAUGACAGGGAAACCAAUUUACUGGCUUUAUGGUAAUUCAAAACAAAUAACGUCAUAUAUGGCGAUUACUAAUAUGAUUGUAAGCUAUUUUAAUAUUAAUAAAAAUUCAAAUAUUAAAAUGAUCGAACUGCCUAAUAAAAAUAUUAAAUUUGUAUUUUUAAAUAAAUCACCCAUUAUUCUAAUGAGUGUAUCAAAAAUUAAUGAAAAAAAAUUUGAAAUUAUAAACCAACUAGAUUUUUUAUAUUCUUACCUAUUAUCCAUUAUAACUGAAAGACAAUUAAAAAAAUUAUUCCAAAAACGAUCAAAUUUCGAUUUACGAAAUUUUUUAAACUACGAUGAAAUUGAUAGUUUAAAUAAAAUUUGUAAGUUGGUAUAUUCAAAUUUUUAUCCAGAAUUAAUAUUUGGAUCUAUUCAAACACUUCGAUUAAAAAGCCAUGUUCGUACUAAGAUCCACAGGCUGAUGAUUAAAUACUUAAUCAAAAAAUCAGACUUACCAAGAGGUACAUUAUUAUAUGGUAUACUAUUAGGACCUCAGAAUAAAUUAAUAUCAAUUUUAAGGCCACAUGGACAUACUUUACAUACAAUGGAUUUACAAAUAUUAUUUACACUAAUUGAAAAUAAAUUUAACAAAAAUAGUUCAGUUUCUUCUAAUACAAAUAAUAAAGACGGAGAGUACUGGGUACCCAUAUGUUUUCCCAAGUUUAACAGCAACGGUUAUUUGUACUGUUAUAUCAAAAUACAGCAAGAUCUUAUUGAAAAGGAUGUUUCAAAUACCUUAAUUCUAAUAAGUGGACAAAAGGAUAUCUUUAACGAAUUCCAGAAAUUAUCAAACAAUUUCUUCCAGAAAUUAAUUGAAGAAAAAAUAUUUAAGAUUAUUAACAAUUUCAAAAGUUAUAAUAUAAGUAUCAGUGAAAUUCCAGCUCCAUUAAUACAUCAUUUCAUUUAUAAAUCUAGAAAACAUGUGCAAAUCAUUAUGCCUGAAUUGUAUACUAACAAAGAAAGGAAUAACAUUAACAUGGUAUCAGCUAAUAGUAACACAACUGCCAAUGGAGCAGAUAUCGAACUUCCUAAUACCGAGAGAACGCACCAACAAUUCAUUGCAAAUGAUGAAAUGAAGUAUAAGAUAAAACUGAAAAAUUACUAUAAGGAGUUAUAUAACUCCAUAAUUGAUGAGGACGGUAAUUUACUAAGCACAAAUCUAUCUAAUUUUAUACGAUGGGAGGCAGAAUUACCUAUCUAUGAUGAGAAUUUAGAGCAAUCUGAUUACUUGGAAGAAAUACCGAAUAUGCUGGGGUUGGUAUGGGUUACAAACACUUUUGAGUUAUAUUUAAUUUGUAAUAAUGGAGUUAUGGAUAAAAAUACAGUAUUCAAGAGUGCAAAGAAAAUUGCUCGUUGGUGUAAAGACUAUGAGAAUGAAUUAUUCGUCUCUGAAGGUGCUGUUUUUUGA